AUGGAUCCCUCUCAACUUCAGAUUAUCCUCGACCAUUUUAACCGGAAGUUCGACGAGAUGGAGGCUCGUUGGGACAGGCGCUUCUCGCCUCCGCCGAGAAUCGGUGGCUACGAUGGCUCCCUCGACGACGACCCGGAGUCCGGCUUCGCCCACUUUGACGCGCCGCUCGACCAAGCCGUCGGUCGCGGACGCCAGGCACUCGCAGCAGCCGCCGCGCUCCACGCCGAUGCUGUAGGCGCAGCAGGUGGUGGACCGCUGGCAUGGGUUGUGGCUGGGGGGCCAGCGCAGACCAACUGUUCGACGGUUUGCCCAGCUGGUGACCGCUGCUUCGCCGACGUCCCCGUCAGCGCGCUCUGGGAGGAGGAGAUGCUCCGCUGGGGCAACAACAACCAUGGGCUGGCCCCGAUGUUCUACAUGGCCGAGCUCGAGGUGGUGGCAGGAGCUGAGCCUACAAGCGCCCGACCAUGGCGGCCUGGCUUGGCUGGACGAGCAACCGCCGCACUCUGUGCUGUACGUGGCCAUCAAGAGGAGAAGCGCUACGAGUCUGAUGAGUCUGGAAGGGAAAAGGAUGCUCUGCAUUCCAUCGUACAUUGUUUCACAGAUAUCUUGAAUUCUGCUGUGAGGGCAGCCACGAGGGAGAUCUCCAAGACAGCUAUGAUCUGGGCGCUCACGCAUGUCGUGCAGCUCGGCAGAAGCAUCAUACUCCUAGUCGUCAUCUCGGCACAGAGGUCUGGCAGUAAGUUCUGGGGCUUUCCGCUGUUCGCUGGAACUGUACAAGUGGCCAUAAGUCUGAAUUGGAUGAGAAAUGUGAUUUAUCAGAGCUGUGUUCUCAACUGA